UUCCGUACUCUAUAUCUCUCGCCUUUACACCAUCUCUCUUUUGUUCGCUCUUUUUAUUGUCUAUUACCUCUCUUCUCUGUUAUUGAAAAUGGAUGAGUUUAUGGACAAAGCCAAGAACUUCGUGGCCGAGAAGAUAGCCAACGUCAAGAAACCAGAGGCCAGCGUGACAGAUGUGGAUCUAGGCAGCGUCCACCGCGAUCGCGUUGAAUACAACGCCAAGAUCUCAGUCAACAACCCUUAUGGACAUCCAUUGCCCAUUUGCGAGGUCUCCUACACUCUCAAAAGCGAUGGCAGAGUGAUAGCAUCAGGAAAAAUGCCAGACCCAGGAUCACUAAAAGCAAGCGACACAACUCUUCUUAAUGUGCCACUUGAGGUGCCACACAGUAUACUGGUGAGCUUAGUGAAGGACAUAAGUAGAGACUGGGACAUAGAUUAUAUGCUAGAGGUGGGUCUAACUAUUGACCUUCCCAUCAUCGGUGAUUUUACCAUUCCUCUCUCUAGUAAGGGCGAGGUCAAGCUCCCCACCCUCUCUGAUUUUUUCUAGGAACACAUCCUACUUUCAUGCUUUCUUGUAUUCUGUUACCAGAGACUGCAAUAUGAUAUUGUAAACUUAUGAAUAAAGUUUUAAUUUAGAAA